CGUCAUCGCAUGAUGUCAUUUUUUUCUCUUUUAUGUCUUGGAAAAUUUUUAUGUGACGAUAUCUGUUCAUAGGUAAAGAGCUUAGAAACUUCAAAUCAAGUAAAUGAUAACCUUGUAAACCACUAAUUUAUGGCACUUAUGAACAAACUCGACCAAUUUUAAGAAAAAUCACAAAACCAUCAUUGAAAAAACAGCAAAAGUAAAAUGCACGUUUUCCUCAGACCGCACAUAGUGAAAGGCCCCUACAGUCUUAUCAGAGGUUUUCACGAUGCCUCAAAAGUCGCAAUUAAAUGCGUGUGUGGGAACGAUAGGUUAUAUAAACACAAUAUUAACGAAUCGAGAUAUCUACUAGUGGGGAACCCCACUUACACAAUUCAGCCCCAAAUUAGGAGUUUCUCCUUGUCGGCGAUUCAGUUCGAGAAGGAGCCCCUGAAACCGUCCUCCAAAGUCGAGGUCACGGUCCAAGAAUUGAAGAAGAAGAAGGAGACUGUGAUCCCGRCCGAAGUCGCCCCAAAACCACUCGUCAAAAAGAGUAUAAGACAGAAAAUCGUGGAUGAAAUUGUCCACUACUACCACGGGUUUAGACUCCUUUUCAUCGACAUGAAAAUCUCAACAGUGCUAGUYUGGAGGGURCUUAAUGGUAAAACCUUGAGUCGACGCGAGUAUCGACUUUUGAUGCGCACCGUSGGAGACAUGUUCCGUCUAGUCCCCUUUUCGGUCUUUAUUAUUGUCCCCUUCAUGGAACUGCUCCUCCCAGUCUUUAUCAAAUUCUUCCCUGGAUUGCUCCCCUCGACCUUCCAGACGAAAACCGACAAGGAGAAUAAAAUCAAGCAAAACUUGAAAAUCAAAAUCGAAAUGACGAAAUUCCUGCAGGAGACUCUCGACGACAUGGCGUUGCAACACAAGGACCACAAAUCCGACAAUGCGAAGGAGUUCGCCGAAUGGUUCCAGAAGGUCCGAACUUCGGGAGAACUCGUCUCCAAUGAGGAAAUCAUGAAGUUCUCCAAGCUUUUCGAGGAUGAAAUCACCCUGGAUUCCCUCUCCCGGAGCCAACUCAUCGCUUUGUGUCGCGUCCUUGAGGUGCAAACCUUAGGCACGAACAACUUCCUCCGGUUCCAACUCCGGAUGAAACUCCGGAGUUUGGCCGCUGAUGAUAAGAUGAUCCAGAAGGAGGGAGUGGAGUCGUUGACUUUGGGGGAAGUCCAACAGGCGUGUCGGGCGCGCGGGAUGCGGGCAUACGGGGUGUCCGAGGAGCGACUCCGGGCUCAAUUGAGACAAUGGCUCGAUUUGAGUUUGAAUGAGAAGGUCCCACCCUCGUUGUUGCUGUUAUCCCGGGCCAUGAUGCUUCCUGAGACGAUCCCAACUAGUGAUAAACUCAAAGCGACGAUUUCGGCCCUCCCGGAGACGGUGGUCACACAUACCAAGGCUGCGAUUGGGGAGAAAGAGGGCAAGAUUGAUAAUAAGGUCAAGUUGGAGGUGUUGAAGGAGGAGGAACGGAAAGUGAAGGAGGAACGCGAGGAGCGUCGGGAGGAGAAGAAGAAGUUGGAGUUGGAGAAACAGAAGGAGUUGUUGGUGGAUAAAGCGCCGGUGAUUUCGGCCUCCUCGACCCCAAUUCUUGAAGAUACUGCCACGAGGAUAAGUGUCGAAAAGCUGGAAAAAGUCGAGAAGAAGGAGAAGAAAGAGGAACAGUUGUUGUCCAAAGAUGUUGAGGUGCUUGAAGAUGCCAUUGAUACCGUUUCCAAAGACAAGAAAUUCCUCGGGGAGAUUAAGGAAUUGAAGGAACAGAUGGCCGACUAUAAGGAGGAUGUCGAGGAUUUGCAUAAGACAGUCGCGGAGCAGCCCAAACCGGAAAUCCGGGAGACCAAAGCCGCCCGAAGAUUAUUCAAAAGUGUCAACAAGAUGAUCAGUAACCUUGACACAGUCUUGGUUGAGUUGCAACAAAAGGAACAACAACUGAAGAAAGACCUCGAAAUUGAAGCAACUGACAAGACCAAAGAAGAAUUGCUCAAAAUUGAUGACAUUAUCGACGCGAUAAAGCACAUUAAAGGUGUGUCGGAUGAGUCCAGAGUCGACCAAAUUGUCAAAGUCUUGAAGAAAAUGGACGAUGACCAUGAUGGGUCAAUCAAAGUCGAAGACGUACUAAAAGUGAUUGAGAUAAUUGGUAAAGAGAAUGUCAAUUUGAGCGAUAAACAAGUCGAUGAGUUGAUGGAAUUGCUGGAUAAGGAGGAGAUUCUCGAAGUCGAGGAUAAGAUCGAAAAGGCGUUGCAAAAGGACAAAGAAGGGAAAAUCGAAGAGGUUGCAGUGAAAGGUGGCGACUCGACACAAAAGCCCAAAUUUGAAACCAAACCCAACAUCGCACCUCCUGUUAACAGUAUUGAUAAAACCAAACCGAAAGAUAGUUCCAAAAUGCUUUAGUUAAUUUUGUUACCAGUUAUUAAAUUAUUUUUUAACGCUUAAUACGAUACCUCUGUAUAUGGAAUAAAAAUAUUAACGUUGCUAGUUUUAUAUUUGGCAAAAACAGGAAAUUUGUUAAUAAAAAGCCAUCAAAUGA